AUCCUCACACCCCCCACGCCUCGUCGGUUGUCCCUCUCGGCCUCUCCCACCAGUCGAAACCGCCGCCGCCGCCGCCAACUCCUCCCCACGCCCCACCGCCUCCGCACACCGCCGCCGUCGACGUCAGGGGGCACGGUGAGCACGAGAAACCCUAACCCACUCCGGGGCAUCCAGAGCCCUCCGCCGGGGGGGGGGGGGGGGGGGAGCACGAGGAGAGGGAUGAGGGAGGUGGUGACGGUGCAGGUCGGCGGCUUCGCGAACUUCGUCGGCUCCCACUUCUGGAACUUCCAGGAUGAGCUGCUCGGGCUCGCCGACGACCCCGGCGCCGACCCGGUCUUCAGGACCGCCGCGCUGGACAUGGACGUCCUGUACCGCGCCGGCGAGACGCACCAGGGUGUGGCCACCUACUGCCCCCGUCUGGUGUCAGUCGGUUCUCGAGGGUCUCUUGGCUCUUUGAGUUCCUCCGGUACUCUGGGUUCCAGUAGUGCUGCUACUGAUCAGCCUAAUGUCCUCACAUGGUCUGGAAAUGUAACGAAAUCAGUAGCAAAACCUCAUGAGCGGAACCUGUUUCUGCAAAGUUUAUCUGAAGAAGAACAGAACACAAGCUCUAGCAAUGACCGAAACAAUGCCAAGAAAAGUGUUGAAGAUAAGGAUCUGAUUGAAAGUCUAGAGAAUGGAGUCAAAUUUUGGACUGAUUACUCGAAAGUUCAGUAUCACCCUCAGAGCUUGUAUGAGUUGUAUGGAUCAUGGACAGACUUUGACAAAUUCGAUAACUAUGGGACUGCAAGGGAGGUGGUUUCAGAAUGGUCUCAAAUGGAAGAGUUGAACGAGAGGAUCAGGUUCUUUGUUGAAGAAUGUGACCAUAUUCAGGGUAUCCAGUUUAUCGUGGAUGAUUCAGGAGGCUUUUCCAGUGUAGCUGCACAAUAUCUGGAGGGCAUUGCUGAUGAUUACACCAAUACCCCUGUAUUGCUGUAUUGUGUGAGGGACCCAGUCUCCCAUGGGUCUUCCAGAAAUCAACGUGAAACCAUCAUAAGAUCUUUGCACGAUGCUGUGUCAUUUUCAAAACUAUCAUCCUCUUGCAAUCUGAUGGUACCGAUAGGACUGCCUUCGCUAAGUUACUUGUCACCUUUGCUUUCUAUAAAGGAUGAGAAGUACUUCCACUCUAGUGCCAUCUGUGCUGCAGCAGUACAUUCACUAUCUGUUCCAUUUAGGCUUCAACAUGUGGGCCCAGCCUCAGACUCAGCACAUUCAUCUGGUAACCUUGAUAUUGGUGAGCUUGUGCACAUAUUAUCAGAUCAAGGUAGGCAGAACAUGGUCACUGCUCUGGACAUAGCAAUGCCUGCCCCUUCUUUGACAGAUAGAAAAGAUCUUAGGAACAUACAGAGGAGCUUGCGCUCUUUGACCCCUGAAAUCAGUGAUGAUGAUGAAGAUCCUUAUGCUGUUGAAUCGUUGGUGUUUCAUGGAGCUCUGGAUUCAGGUGGGCAAAGGGCUUCAGUAUCACAAGUGAAGGACUUUGUGUGUUCAGCUUUGGAAGGCAGGGGGACAAAACCAAAGUUCUCUCAUCUCUCAGUAUCACCCUGCCCCCUCCCAAUCCCACUCCCAUUCCCCUCGAUCUUCAGCAGCAGCAUUGGCCAACAUGGGAAAAUCCUCAGCAACGAUCACCCAGAAGGAACCCGACCAAAGGGCUCACUCGACGUCGUCUCAGUCCCGAUGGCUGCACGUCUGAGAUCAAGCAAUGCCAUAGUGCCUUUCAUCGAGAAGCGAUCGGGGAGUCUUCAGAGGCUUGGCAUGGCCAGGGGCUCGCUGGGCUCCCAGAUCCUCCGGGAAUGGGGCUUUGGGAAGGAGGAGGUCGAGGACAUGGGCGAGCACCUGGCAAAGAUGCUGCGGCCAUUUUACCCCGAGAUGGACCUAACUUCAGAUUCCGACUAGAUGGACCGUCUUUGUGAGUGUAUUGCAAAGAUCGGGUCGGUUUUGGUCCGUGGAAAGAUUCAAAGAACUAAUGUUAUGUAGCUGUAGUGAGAUGUCUUUGCUGCGAUGAAUUCCUCUGAUCUGUGUUCAAUGGAUGGAGAGCAGUACAGCUCUGAACUGUGACCGUGUAUCUGUUGAAAAAACUGGAGAUGGGAUCUGAUUGUCUGGGCGUGUCACCGUGUCAGCGCCCCGCAUGUUAUGCACGUGCAUCUGGGCGACGUGCCGACGUGCGCCGCCACGUGCAGGUGUUGUUGUAGUAAUUGUAACAUUCUGCCAUGUUUCAGCUAUGAUGCAGAGGUCCAGAUGUGCUGUACCUGGCUACCUGCAAACCGAAGCAGCGGAAACUGAAGAACAGAGUCAUUCAGACAUCUGAAGCCUGGACUGUUAUUUCCUCGUUUCAACUUCACAAGCUUCAGUCUGAACCGUGUAUUAGUGGUCUAGUCUGACAAAAAAAAGGAACUUUUUUCCUGCGAGAAGAUCCUUCAGAUCUUCAUAUCAUCUGUAUUCAGACAAAAACAAGUUUCGUAACAGCUACAACGUCCUUGCAUGUGAUCGACGGGGUAAGGGAUAUGAAUUAUUC